ACCAAAAGGCAGAACACUGUUAAGAAUAGAGUAGAGAGGCUGGUCACCAAAUGAGAGCAGUGGUAUUCUGAAAGCUGAGAGAAGAAAAUUACAAGAAUGUCUCAUGACCCAAAGAAGUUGAACAAGAUCCAAGAGGUGUUCAUUGGACUGACAAUUAGGAAAUGGAAGCAGCGGCAACAGUGCUUAAACUAGUGCUUCUUAGAGCUGAACCAAAGACCAUAAUUCAAAUGGGAAGCUUUGUCUACCAUACUGUCUUUAUUGACGGAAUCACUUACCUAUGUGCCUCAGACAAUGCCUUAGAUACUGUAACACCAUCUGCAUUUCUUAAAAAUGUUAGUGAGACUUUUCUGAGAAAUCCUUUGAUGUCACAAGAACAUUUUUCUCCGUCAAAUGCAGUUGCUACAGAUUUUCAACAAGUAUUAGGAAAGUAUAUGAUGAAAUACAAUAAAAAUCAAGAGGACAGCUUGAUAUCCGCACUGAAGAGUCAAGUAACUGAUGUAAAAAAUGUUAUGACCCAAAAUAUCGAUAAAAUUUUGGAAAGAGAAGAAAGAUUGAAUAUCUUCACUGAUAGAACAGAUGAUCUGCAAACAACUGCCAAAGAAUCCCAAAAAACAAGAAAGAUUCUUGGGAGGAUAUGGUGGAAACACUUCAAAAAGAUUAUAGUCAUCACCAUGGCCAUUCUCCUUUCAGUCAUCAUCAUUCUUUUAAGUACAAAUGUAAUACCAACUUGACCCUUCUCCCCAUCCCCAGCAGGUACCAAUAAAUUGUUAUAUGUAAUUAUAGAGUUCUACAA